AUGGUGGCUUGGGAUCGUUUACGUAAUCUCUUCCAAGACAACAAGGGCACUCGAGUUGUGCACCUUGAAAGUCAAUUCGGGGCUACGUACCUCGAAGAUUUCUUUUCCCUUGCUAAAUACUGUCAAUCUUUAAAGACAAUCUCCAUGCAAGUCACUCCUAUUGGUCAUCAAGUUUCGGAAGAGCGUUUGGUUCUUCAAUUAGUCGCUCAUCUCACCGACGAAUAUGCCAUGAUUGCCACCAUCAUUCAACAGACAGUUCCCUUGCCUAAUUUUGACAAAGCAUGCUCGAUGCUUGAUCUGGAUCGCACGAGUCAUCACAAAAGCAAAAAGGGUACUUCUUCCUCUUCCAUUCAGCUCGUCGGUAGUGGUGGACAUGGCGGCCGUGAAAAUGGUGGUCGUGACUAUGAUGACUGCAUUAAUAGAGGCAAAAAUGGGCUUGGUCGUGGCAGAGGUCGUGGCUAUUGUCAAGGCGGAGGUCGUGGCUAUGGUCAUGGCGGAGGCCGUGGCUAUGGUCAUGGCCGUGGGGCUGGAAACUCUCCGUACUAUAGAUGGGGAGGCCCAUAA